AUGCGUUCCACCACCAUCUUUCGUCUUUUAGCUGCUCUCCUUCCUCUUGUAUCACCUCAAGGUGUCUCGGCUGCUGUAGCAUGUACCAAUAAGUUCACCGCCGUCACAGCUGCAAACGCCAUCAAGGCCCUGCACCCAGGUUGGAAUCUAGGAAAUACACUGGAUGCCGUUCCCGACGAGGGAUCAUGGAACAAUGCUCCUGCGACUCCAGCGCUACUUGAUCAAAUCAAAGCGAGAGGGUUCAAGAGUAUCAGAAUCCCAGGUAAGCCUCUAAUCCCUUCAACUCUCCUAUCCAAUAUGAAAAGGAGAAAUGGAAAGAUACUCAUGGAAGCGAAGUUACUUGGGCAUACCACUUCGACACUACAUCCCCUUCUUGGACUGUCAAUCCGACAUUCAUGACCCGCGUCGAAACCGUCGUCGACCAAGCUCUUGCCGCCGGCUUCAGCGUAGUGUUGAACGUCCACCACGAUUCCUGGGUAUGGGCCGACCAAACAGUCGCUGGUGCAAACACUACCAUGAUCCUCGAGAAGUUCACCUCACUUUGGAGUCAAAUCGGCACGAAAUUCGCGUGUAAAUCGUCAUCCCUUAUCUUCGAAGCGAUCAAUGAGCCCACGGGAAGCACACAGGAACACGGCGAUCUCUUGAACAAGAUGAACGCGAAUUUCCUCGAUGUCAUCAAUAAAGCUGGUGGUUUCAAUCCUCAGAGAGUUGUUUCACUCAGUGGGCUUGGUCAGGAUAUUUUAAAGACGACGCAGUUUUUCAAGAGACCUACUACAUACCCAAAUCAGCCCUGGGCCAUCCAAUUCCACUACUACUCUCCCUACGACUUCAUCUUCUCCGCAUGGGGAAAGACCAUCUGGGGAUCUGACGCUGAUAAAGCCGCGCUUGAAGCGGACUUUGACAUGUUGCACGGAAACUUCUCUGGGGUACCCGCCUUCAUUGGGGAAUGGGACGCUUCGGUUUCCAGUACCGAGGUCGCAGCGAGAUGGAAGUAUAAUGAUUUCUUCAUCAAGACGACGAAUAAGUAUGGGUACAGUGCGAUUAUCUGGGAUAAUGGAGAUGAUCAGUAUAACCGCACGGCCGCGUUCUGGAAGGAUCCUGUGGGCAUUGAUGUCCUGUUUAAUGCGGUUGCUGGAAAGGGGAAUGCGCUUGCAGAUUCGACUACUGAUAUCAACGCCGCGAGCCAGAACACUAGCGCGUAUCUUUGGCACAAGGUUGGAGCUGCCGUGACCGAUGUUGAGGUCCCAUAUAUCUUGAAUGGAAACAAAUUGUCCGGGGUCAAGGAUAGCAAAGGAAAAACGCUUUCCUCUUCUGACUACACGAUGAGUUCAGCUGGUGUCCUCAAAUUGUCAAAGAGCUACUUAUCGACACUCUACUCUACGACCACCAAGCCAGGCGCUAUUGCAACUCUUACCCUCUCCUUCUCUGCGAGCCCCAAUUUGACGCUCCAAGUCUACCAAUUCGCUACACCCAUCCUACCCUCCUCCUCCUCAACAUACUCGUUGAACUCUCUAGACGCAGCGGUGGACUUACAUAUCCCAAUCACAUACCAAGGUCUUCCAAGGGUUGCGGCUAUCAGAGCACUCAGGGAGGAUGGUUCGAUACUGGUUGAGUAAGUCCCCCCCCUCCCCCUCUUUCAUCCCCCCCCAAACAAAACUGACAUCCGAAAAGUGACUGGACGCAAUAUCUCGGUCCCCUACAAAAGGGCCGCAUGACUUACGGCGAUUGGGGCUUCGACGAUAAGGGACUGACGGUUUGGGCAGCGGGCGUGGCAAAACUUAAGGCGAGUGGCGGACAGGGUGUUAGGGUGCUGGUGGAAUUUUGGCCUAGGUGGGAGGGAAAUAGUGUGGAGGUGCGGUUUACUGUUUAG